CCGGCCGGGCACGGAGUGCGGGUCUGUUUUGCGCGCGCUGCUGGACGAGGCUCUCGCCGCCGAGUGACCCGUCUCCGCCCCGCAGCCCGGCCGAUGACCGGUAAGGGAAUCUUAACCCUUGACUUGGUAUUGUCAGCACCACGCUCACCCAGUGAGCUAACCGGCCAUUCCUGUACAGGGAUCCGAACCCACAGCCUUGGUGUUAUCAGUACCACACUCUCCCAAGGAUCCUGGUAGCUAAUGUCAGAAGAAAGUGACUCUCUCAGAACCAGCCCUUCUGCGGCCUCACUCUCCGAAAAUGAGCUGCCACCACCACCUGAGCCUCCUGGCUAUGUGUGCUCGUUGACAGAAGAACUGGUCACCAAGGCCCGGGAAGAGCUGCAGGAGAAGCCAGAAUGGAGACUUCGGGAUGUGCAGGCCCUUCGUGACAUGGUGCGGAAGGAGUACCCAAACCUGAGCACAUCUCUUGACGACGCCUUCCUGCUGCGCUUCCUCCGAGCCCGCAAGUUUGAUUACGACCGGGCCCUGCAGCUCCUGGUCAACUACCACACCUGCAGGAGAAGCUGGCCCGAAGUCUUCAAUAACCUGAAGCCAUCAGCCUUAAAAGAUGUCCUCGCUUCCGGGUUCCUCACUGUGCUGCCCCACACUGACCCCAGGGGCUGUCAUGUCCUCUGCAUCCGUCCAGACAGAUGGAUACCGAGCAAUUAUCCAAUUACCGAAAACAUCCGAGCCAUAUACUUGACAUUAGAAAAACUCAUUCAGUCUGAAGAAACCCAGGUGAAUGGAAUUGUAAUUCUUGCAGACUACAAAGGAGUGAGCUUAUCAAAAGCAUCUCAUUUUGGCCCUUUUAUAGCCAAAAAGGUGAUUGGCAUCCUUCAGGAUGGUUUCCCCAUUCGGAUAAAAGCAGUCCAUAUAGUGAAUGAACCUCGAAUAUUUAAAGGCAUUUUUGCCAUCAUUAAACCAUUUCUGAAGGAGAAAAUAGCAAACAGAUUCUUCCUCCAUGGGUCUGACCUGACCUCUCUCCACACAAACCUUCCAAGAAGUAUUCUUCCCAAGGAGUAUGGGGGCACGGCUGGAGAGCUGGACACAGCCACCUGGAAUGCAGUACUGCUGGCCUCGGAGGACGACUUUGUGAAAGAGUUCUGCCAACCUGUCCCCGCCUGUGACAGCAUCCUGGGCCAGGCGUUGUUGCCUGAGGGACUGACUGCAGAUGUGCAAUGUGAUGACUCCAUGCGAGCUGUGAAAUCACAGUUGUACUCCUGCUAUUAGUCAGUCCCCCUGAGUGUCACCUUUGAAUCCUCUCCUAUUUUCUUUGGAGAGGUACAAGGAGAAUUUAAGGUGCCAAGGAUUUGGUCUUGUUCCUUGUAAUUGAGCAGCAUGGAGGAACAGCCUGUGGAGCUUUAAGGGUGAGCCCAUCAUGAGGUAAGCCUUUGGUUACUUGAAUUAUUCCAUGGAAGACACAGAAAAUGUCCCCAUUAAUUCCCAACCAUUUAGAAUCCCAGUUUACAACUAUUAAUCUGAAAACUGUAUCUGCUUGUUACACAUCUUGGAAGCAAGAAAAAUCAGUACCAAAGUCACUUUGAUCCUACUUUUCAAGAGAAAACAAUUUGAUGGCCAGUCAGUACUACUACUAUGAAACAGUUUGGCCAAACCUGUAAGGUGGCCAAAUGGGAGACUUUGGGAGUUCGUCUUUCACAUGAACCCUUAUGACAGACACUCUGUUGCUCAUCAGGAAACUUCAAGUUUGAGGUCCAGGCCCCAGUUGCCAUCACUGGGUUUGGAAAGCACCUUCACUGAAUCAUGCAAGCAUCAAGACAUACGCAGCACUUCCUGAUCAAAUUUGGAAGCCACAGAUCUUCAGAGCACCUCUGGAAUUCAUUGGUUGAAUUUUGCAACAGAAGCUCAAGUUUUCCCCAACCCAUAAAGCCUUAGCCCUGGUUCUCAAAAGAAUCAUACAGGGUCCUAGAAGUACAGUUGAGUGCUACACAUCAAUGUUUCAAUCAAUGAGGGGCCACAUAUACAACAGUAGUCGGAGCAAUAGGCUAUACCAUAUAGCCUAGGUGGGUAGUAGGCUAUGCCAUCUGUAUUUGUGUAAGUACACUCUAUGAAGUUUACACAACAACAAAAUUGCCCGAUGACCCAUUUCUCAGAACGUAUCCCCAUUGUUAAGCGACACAUGACUGUAUAAUUUUACUCAACCCAAAAUACUGGAUUCCAAGUGUUUUGCUAAAAGAAUUCUGGCCUGGGAAUCAGAGACCUUGGCCCCAGGUGUUCGAUCAGACAAGUCAUGGGCCUCUGGGCCUCAGCUUUCUCAUCUGUAAAAAUGAGGCUGGAUGUCUAGGGUCCUUUUGGCUGCUAAUGUUCUGGGAUUUGGUUGUUACUGAAUGUUACUUCUGUCUAGAAAGAUUACUAUCUAAAUACAAGUGGUUGGAUCCUUUUUUUUUUUUUUUUUUUUUUUUUGGUGGUACAUAUGGGCCUAAGAGGCCCUGCCUUUAAAGAAACAAAUAUGUGAAUUCCUGGGAUUCAAGUGGUACCAACUUCCUUUUUGUAGUGAUGUUUAAACUUUAAAAGAAUAGCUUUUGUUAGGCCAAUUGAGGUGACCAGAAUCUUGAAUGAAUUCCUUUCAUCCUUAAGAGUCUGGUAGUAUAUUAUAAGCGUGGCUACAGUGGUUUCAUUCCUUGGGAUUCUUAAAUUUUGGUCUCUGGAAAUGAACACAAGGGCAGGUUUUUGCUAAUUCACUUCUGGGGCACCCCUCAGCCCCCCUGGGCACCAUUCCCUCCAACCUCACCCCCCACCCCCACCAUCCCAGACCCACUUGAGUUUCUCUCUCUGGUAUGGGUGGAGCAGCCGGCCUGAAUGUUAGUUCUGCAUUUUAGCACUAUAGACCCUGUCAAGAUUUUAGCCUUAGCCCAAAUAUCAAAUUAGGUGGUUCAUCUGAUGGCUUUCAGCCAGCCUACUUCCUUUUAUAUUCAUGCCAUGCGAUCACGUUAAAUACUGGCAAGUACAAUGUGUUGUGUGUGUACCUUCUCCACGCAUUUAUUAGUCUAAGCAGGCAAGGUGGACAACUCAGUUAGGGAAAGAACAGUAUGCUAAAAUUCAAAGUCCAGUCUGUUUUUACUAAGCUGUCCAUCUGUAUAGCACUUUUUAAAAUGUUUGGACAAGUUUUUGUUGGAAAUUACUUACUUCGUUAAUGCCAAUUCUAGGAAAAGUUCUUUUCAUCAUGGAUACUAACCCUGGAUCAUCUAGGAUCUUGGCUGAGCUGGAAAUGACAAAUUGCACACUGCUGGCUAUCUCUAGUUCCAUCUGAUGAUGAUGUGACCAGCAUUGCUGAAAAGGCCUAAGUAGGAUGGCUAACGUAGAGGGUUCAGAACCCAACAGCCUGGACUGGAGAAUCAUUUAGAGGCUUUCUUAGGUCUCAAGAGGGGAGAGAGAGAAAAAACAAGAGUAAAAAACUAGACAAAGAGAGGAAUGAAUCAGCCCCUACCAAGUUCCCAAGGUUUAAAUCCCUUUGUCUGUGUGACACAGGGAUGGCCAAGCUCACAUACAGAAAUAUCUCCAAGACCAGAAAUGAUAUUGCCUAUCUCCCAGGCCUAGUUGGACCAACGAGCUGUUUCAUUCAGCUUCUGAAAGAAGUCAUAGUGUAGGUUUGUCUGCCUCCUGGAGCUGCUAUGCUUUGUUUUGGCUCCGAAGAGAGAUCAAAUAGUCUUGGCACAUCAGGAGGUUUGAACCAAACUGCAAAACCAGAACCUCCCAGGGUGAAAAUCAAGGCAGUCUCCCUAUGGCUUUACUAGGGUGUUUGUGUGAAGUUAUCCCAGCAGGGUAGGGAAUGACCAAUGGGAACACACAGGGAGCCUUAGUAGUGGGGAGCACACUGGGGGAGCUGACAAGUGAACCACAAGAACUGGGAGUAUUUUUCUUCAGGGAAAAAUUCUGACUCAUUACACAAACACCUGAAAAUUAACAUGUCCCUAAAUUCAGAGUAGUGUGGUAUUGGGAAAGGAAAGGAAUAGUAAAUUAGGAGAUGUGAGUUUCAGCAUUACCCUGCAAUGUGGCCUUGGGCGAGCCACAACGCCCUUGAAUCAUGAAAGGGGUAUCUACACUGAACUCAACCCUCUGCUGUUCCUGGCAUCUAACUGGCUUUACCAAUACAGGGACACAGUACCUUAUCUUUUUAGAGGCUUUUUUCUUUUUUUUCCCCUCAUCUGAAUAAUUAUUCAGGAAAUUUAGGUCUGAAUGAAUUGGUACCUAAAGCUUCCAAAUGAAUCUGUAAGCUCAGGUAUAUGGGAGUUUUCCUCUUCUUCUUCCCCUAUACCCCCCAGAAAGAAUUCUGGAAAAUUAUACCUCUUCCUAGAAUCCUAUUCUACCUUCAUCGGGAGAGACUGGAUGAAAUCUACAGGAACAGCCAAUGUAACCCUGGCUUCACAUCUUGAUUUUCUUACCUACUCUUGGCAUUGUGGCUUUAGAUCCCUCAUACUUCAUCCUGCUUUCACAAGAAGCCACUUGUCCUAGGUUUAUAAACACUCCAGGUUACAAGAUAACUAUUUCCAGAAAUAGAGUCAGAGCCUAAGAGGCAUUUUCCCUGAAUUCCGGUGACAUUCAGAAUUUUCCCUGGGUGGGCAUUUUGUUUAAAUGCCAUUUGAUUCACAGAUCAAUCAUGGGAUUACUUUCUCAUUUGGGUAGCAGAAACUAUAGUACUGUUGUGGCACAAUAAUACCACACCUUAAAGUUUUCCUUUGAAAUCUCCUUUCAUUUGGGGAGUAAAAUGUUGGCUGAUAUGUGUGGCUGUCCUGUGGCCAUAAGAGGUAUGGAGAUACCAAACAGAAACAUGUCAACUGUUCAGGAAAGAUGUCAGUUCUGGUAAUGCCUCUCAGUACUGGAAUCAAUUACUUUUGUAAAUGUAAAUUCCUUCUUGCUCUCCUGACUCAGAGAAAUAGUUUGCUUGAAAUGCAAGUAAAAAACACCAUCAGAGUUGGAUAUUCCUCCUUAAUAGGAGCUUACUCCAUGGGAAGGCCCAAUGUGAUUUGUGCUUGGAGAUGACAGUGAUAAAUAUACUAUUUUUCACUUAGCUAUUUUUCUUUUAAUCUUACUGGGCAGUGUGAUUAGUCAGGCAGGAAGCCGGCUGCUGUAGUGAAUUCUUACGGAUAUGCUACGGCUUCUUGGUAUAUCAGGUAGGAACCUGUUACAAGUGAAAUACUUGAAACCUCUCUGUGGCCAAGAGCCUUCCAAUACCACUCUCCAUGGGGUGGUAGGUGGGCUAAUUUUCUGACCAGUUUGGGGGACCAUUUCAACCACUGGUCACAUUCCUUGCUUCAAACUGAAAUUCAGUUUGGCCUUGAGUGUAGGGACAUAUGGUGGUUGGACUCAUCUACUUCAGUGUUUGUUUUGACCAAAAGUUUAUUUUUCUAGUGCAUUUUCUAAGUCAAAGUGGUGAAAAUAUGUAAUUUUAGAAUGCAUG